UUCAUUUUUUGCUUUUGCCCUAGAAAAAAAAAUCAACCACGCAGCCGCACCACCAUUGCCUUCUUCUUCCCCCAAAUCGUCAAAUCCCUAAAUUUCAAUCUCACUCUCUUAGCUUCCGAUUCUCCACACGAAUCAGCUUCCUCUCGACCUCGAUCGAAGCUUUAGCUAUGUCUUCUUCUUCGUCUCGCAGCCUACACGGCUGCGAUGUCGUCGUCUCCUCACCGUGGUGAUGUACGUUCUGGAGGUUUCGUUGCAGGCUAAGCUUAUGGGAUCCGAAGGUUGUGGCGGAGUUAGGGUUUCGUCGAAUAAAACAGCAGACAACAACAACAACUGUGAGAAGACUCGUGUCGAGAUUGAGCGUUGCAGUGCUUCAGUUAGUAAGAAAGGAGGAGGGAGUAGUAGCAGUGGGGUUUCAGAUCCGUCUCUAUGGCGGAAGCUAAUGCACUCACACGAAUUUGUACAUGAUAGGCUUACGAAACUCAGAGUUGAAACUUCUUCCGAGCCUCAGAACGGUUAUCUACCGAUCGCCAGUCCUGAGAGUGCUGAGUCUUCUAGGAAAAGAGGAAAGCUUUCGAGGAGUAGUAGUAGUAACCUUACUUCCAAAAGGUCUAGACUGAUUCUUUUAGAUGAUACUGUGAGAGAUAAUGACACCAAGGAGUUAUGUGGACAAGGAUCUACUCUCUCAGAUAAACCCUUAGCAGUGAAGCAAAGAAGCAGCUGUAAUGGCAAGCGAAGUGAUAAGAGGAACCCAAAAGUUCCCACUAGAACUUUUUCAACCCUCAAUACAUCCACUGGCGAGAAUGCUUUCUUCGGUGCCUAUGGGUUGAAGCCUGAAAUAAAUGAUGUUACCAAACUUGUUGAAGAUUUGUCACUGAACAAGCUUCUUGAAGGCUCUUAUGAGUGUCCUUCUUUGGCCAAAGAUAAAAUGAAGAAACUGGAGAAUACUAAUGACACUUUGCUGAGUGUAGUCAGAAAUGUUUGGUCUGUUCUUCCAACUAGAAGGCAUGUUCAGUCACAAAGCUCUGCUGAAUUAGACAGAUCUCUGGAGUCGCCUAGCUCUAUCUCUGCCACAGUAAAUGGAGAAAACAGCGUUAAAGUAAAUGCUCUUGAUGGAGAUCUAUCCCCAUCUUCCAAGGAUCAUUGUUUCAAUCCUGAGAUUCCUUCCACACCACUUAAUUUUCCAUUAUGCCAGUCUGGCGACGUAUUGAAAAGAUUAGGCCUUCCGCCGCCGAAAGAUUUAGACUCUCUGCUCCAAGAUACUUCAAAACCUUCUCAGAACUCUAAGAACGUAUCGGACCAGCAGCGUUCAGCUAAACAACUACCUCAUCGUGGCGGAUUGCCACAUUUCCCCUGGUCACAGGCGUAUAAUGCGAGCUCUAGAACCAACUCGGAAGCUGCAAAGCUUCUUACCGGCAAAACGCUUUGUCAAGGACGAUGGCUAAGAAUAGCCGAGACUACAACGAGCUCUCACGAGAGUAAAACCAAUCAAUUCGCAAAUCUGGAGUCACUCACUUUCAACCAAGACUUAGUCCUUCCAGUACAGAAGCUAACCGUAGCUGGAACUAAGACCUCUCAGGCAAUUUUGGCUAACACCACUUCGUGCCAGUGCACAGAAGCAUCUGUGUCUACCUUUCAAAAAGCUGCAUGUGUUCCUAUAGAAGCAGAGGGCUCACGAGAUGUUCAAGACGGUGCUCGAUCCUGUCCUCAGCUACUAGCAGCUGCUCAAACACUCUGUGACUUUGCAGUCCAAUCCGGAAACCAUAACAACAACCCAAAUGGAAUCCUCAGGUGGCCAACGAAGCUUUCUCAAAAGUCAAUGAAAGCUCGAAAAUCCAAACUAAUAGAAACACCUCUCGAAAGGCACGUAACAACUGAAUCAUCCUCCUUACAUCUUAUCUCAAGCAGCAAGAAGAGCAACCACGUGAGGAAAGAUUCAGCAGCAGUGCAUAAGUAUCAUGAUCGUCAUCAUCUUCCUAAGCCCUCAAAGAGACUGAAACUAUCAACGAUGGAGAUGGAGAACAAGAAAGGGUCAUUCCCAAGCUCAUCAUCACCAUCAACCGCAGUAGAGUUAGAUAGAAAACAUUCAUCUUCAAACAAGUUCAAGAAUCAUUCCCGUAUGAUGAUGCCACCGCCUCCACCACCAGCGAGAACACUCCAAAAGUCUUCCACCUAUCCUCACAAAGCUCGGAGGUUUCCAGGAAUCGGUUGAUAGAUACACAUAAGGCCGGUCUGGUACUAAAAGGGGACAAAAUCACGUGUUAGGAGUCGUCUGUAAAUAUGAAUGUUGUCACUGUCUAAGGUAAGUUCUCUAUUUGCACAGUUUAGGAGGUGCAGAAGACUAUAUAUAUAGUUUAUAUAUGUAUUGCCUUCAAUGUUGUAACAAUUUUUUUUCAUUUGUAGCUGUAGCCACACAGUUCUUUUAAGGUCUGUUGUGUUUAAAGAUUAUUAAUUCUACGAGGUUAAAUGAUAUAAAUCCCAACUUUAUUAUCUUUCUAUAUUAGUAUCUACGCACUA